AUUCAACAUUUCUCAGGGUUCUCCAAAAUUUACGGAGGGCUGGAUUUUAUGGGGUACACCGUGUGCACCCAAUUAGAUUUGAUCAUGGUUUAAUCACUGCUCUCAUUGAGCGGUGGAGACCGGAGGUGCAUGCUUUUUAUUUCCCUUUUGGAGAGAUGGGUAUCACUUUACAUGAUGUAGAGUGUCUAUUGGGUCUCCCCGUUAACGGAUUUGCAUUUCUUGGGUUGAGACGCACCGUAGAAGAGAGAGACCAUGAUUUUUUGCAUGCUCUGAACUGGACACCUCUUGAUGAACAUCUGGGCCGUCCUGACCAAUUUAAGAUCAAAGAAUUGUUUCCACGAAAUCCUGAGCAGCAAGUUCAACCAAAUCCUACAAUAAAAUGGUUGAAUCAUUUGAAAAAAGGCACAAGAUUGAUGUUCCGUGGAUGCAGAAGAACAUCCACACAACUCCUAAAAUCACAACAAUUCUUCGACACCGCGAGAAGACAAAGCACAAAUGGAAUUCCUUGUGUGCAUGUUCAUGGCGUGUAUCAUUCUUUUCAACAACUUGCAGAUGCUCGUGUUCUAGACAAAUACUCUGUUCAGAGAUAUUUAAGUUGUUACAGUGGUUGGAUUGAACCGUUCAUUUUUCCAGAAAAUUUGAAUGUNUGAUUGGAAAGUCUUGCCAACGAUACGUCCUUUAGAAGAGACUCCCCGUCGAGGACGUCGUCAACAACUUCGUUAUCCGGGAGAGAUGGAUCGUAGGGCAAAUUAAUAAUUAUGUUUUAAGUAUUUUUUAAGUGUACUUUUUUAUUAUGUGUUCAAAUAAUUGUACUUUUUUUCUAUGUGUUUUUUAUGUUGUGUACUUUCUUAAAAAUGGUUCAUUAUAAUUAAUGUUUAAUCAUAUU